AGAUAGAUAUGGUGUUUUUAUAAAAUUAAGUUAUGGUCAUCUCAACAUUUUAUGGUUUACACAUAAAACAUUUUUUCCUUGACUUUAUUGUAUUGUAUGACAACAGAGUGUUAUCUUGGUUUGUAGAUGAUCAACCCUACAGCCACACCUCCAGUGCAGCAUUUUAUUGUUGCAUUACUCCUUUAAAAGGCCGGGUGACUCCUCCUGAUGAAGUGCACUUCAACAAACUCUCAGAGGCUUGCCUUUCAGUGGUGAACAGCACAUGGAAAUGGAGGACCAAAUGGAGAGCCAGAAGAGAAGAGGAAUGAGCAAAGAAGACUUAAUAUCUGAACGAACUGGGUCCUUGGGAUGCUGCGGUUGGCUCAUAGUCAUACUCUCUGGCCUCAUGACAUUUUGCCUUUUCCCUUUUACAAUCUGGUUCUGUCUGAAGAUUGUUCAAGAGUAUGAGCGCGCUGUCAUCUUCAGACUGGGUCGCAUUACUGACAGGAAGGCCAAAGGACCAGGAAUUUUCUUCAUUCUGCCGUGCACUGAUUCUUUUGUGAAAGUGGAUUUGAGAACUGUUUCAUUUGACAUCCCACCACAAGAGAUUCUGACCAAGGAUUCAGUUACAGUUUGUGUGGAUGGAGUGGUUUACUUCCGGGUCAGUGACCCCAUCGCCUCUGUGGCCAAUGUGUCUAAUGCUGAUUUUUCCACACGUCUACUGGCUCAAACCACCCUCAGAAACGUGCUGGGGACGAAGAACCUGUCUGAGGUCUUGUCUGACCGUGAGGGCAUCGCUCAUAGCAUGCAGUCCAGCCUGGAUGAAGCCACAGACGACUGGGGCAUCAAGGUUGAACGUGUUGAAAUUAAAGAUGUGAAGCUGCCAGUUCAGCUGCAGAGAGCCAUGGCUGCUGAGGCAGAAGCUGCACGAGAAGCCAGAGCCAAGGUGAUUGCAGCAGAGGGAGAGAUGAACGCAUCCCGUGCCCUGAAGGAGGCGUCCCUUGUCAUCGCAGAGUCUCCAUCUGCCCUCCAGCUUCGCUAUCUGCAGACACUCAACACCAUCGCCGCAGAGAAGAACUCCACCAUCAUAUUCCCUCUGCCCAUGGAUGUUAUGAGUCACUUCAUGCGAAAGUGAGGAGACUUGUGAGAUGGCUCAUCUGUGAACUACAUUCAGCUUCUAAAUCCACUGUUCUUUUUGGUUUAUGCUGUCGAGUGGUGAUCAGACCAUUUUGAUUCAAGUUUUUUGGGAAAAUUUGUUAUGGAAGUGAUAUAAUGUUAAAAUUUAGAGUAUGUGACGAUGAAAAACAAAUGUGAUAUAUGUUACAAAUUUGAUACAUUAAACUGUGUAAAUGUGUUUCAAACUGAUCAGUGUGGGAUGUUUACACUCAGGUACACAGCUUAUAUUGCUUUUUUUGUGUUUCCAAAUGUGUAGUUCUUUAAUGUCUGCAACAAUCACAAAUGAAGCAUUACAGGGUUAGAUGUAGAAAAAUAUCAUUGCAAACUAAUCUUUCCUUUUUUUUUUUUUUUUUUUUAACUCCAUAAGUAGUUUACAUGAUCUUUUAUCUACAUUUUAAUAAUACAGUUCUCCUCAGUUGGACCUGAUUUGUCUACAAGUAAAAUGCCUCCAGAAUAAAAGUACUGAAAUUUUACCAAGUUUAAUUCACUAAUGAAGAAGCAUAAAAAAAACAAAAAAACAAAAGCUGUUAGGUUGUAGUUUCCAAGAUAGUCUUGGAUCAAAGUGUGAAAUUCUGAUAUUAAAAAGAGAAUGAGGUUUUACUCAAAAUUGAUGUUUGUCUGCACAUUAAAAUACAUUCACUUUUCAGGUUCUUUCUAAUGGAGGAUUUAUAAAUCUAUUAUAUAAAUGUAUAUAAACACACACAGAUAUAUAUACUGUAUAUAUAGUUUUCCAGUUUGUCUUAUUAAAGUAUGAAACAUUUAGCUCAUUUAAUCUCUGAGGCAGUUAAUUUUUUAAGAAAAUAAAUAAAAUUGAAGACCAGUGUUUUGUUUUGUUUUUAAAUAACUGGAAAAUAAAUGAGGAAUGCCAUGACUUUUUUGAAUAUUUUUAAUACUGUGUUCUCCCCGAAACGUACAAAUAAAGCAUCAACAUACUGUGUAUUCAUUACAUGUUUAUCUCAUUCGUCAUCUUCUAGACCUCCUACGCUACUGUUACAUCUUUAACAUCACAAUGCAGAGAGAGAGAGGUAAAAGAAGAGAGGAGAAAAGGGGAGCGAGAAACAGUAAAGACAGAAAAAACAUGCUUCAGUUACUUUGUUGGUGCACUAAGACACAACUCAUGUUGUAAAUGUAUUUACAUUCAAACAUACAAUCAGUGCCAGAACAAACAUAAUCAGUAAACUUCGUCUCUGAAACAAGUCCACAAGGGGUAAUUCUAUCGCUGAACAAAAACCCAAAGAUGUAAAUUAUAGUGCUGAAAGUAGACGAGCAAGCCAUGAAAACAUUUGCUACACCAGCAUUUAAGUAACAAUGAUGUUUUAAUCCCUACUGAAUUUGUUAAAUUACCCAUGGUUCUUGUGGGGAGGCUCAACCAAGUGCUACGUAUUAAAUGGCUGCUACAUACUGAACAAGAGGUCCUUCCAUAUUCAACAAAUUCACAUAAAUGACUAUAAAAUGCAGUCAUUACAUUUUUGACAUUCAGCGCAAAAUGAGACACAGAUGUCCACAGGACACAUUGAAGGGUCAUUGUGAUACCAGUUCAUUGUUUAGAAGUCAUAGUUCAUAUUUCAGAGGUGAAAUAUUAACCCAUGAUGAAAUCUGUGUUGUUCGAAAAGUCAUUUGUAAACAUUUCAUUUUGUUGCAUCCAUGUAGACUGUAUUUUGUUGCACCUGACGUGACAUUUAGAAGGACCCUGAAGAAUUACUGAAUACUGUGAGUGAACUGUUAUUCUAAACAUUUUAAAAACACAGUGACUUUCUGACUGGUAUAUUCUUACAAUUGAUUCGUAUGCAAAGACAUUCUCAAAAUCAUCAGUAUGGUAUAAAAUCAGUGAGAAGUGAGAUACAUUUCUCAAAUCCUAUGCUGUAAUUGACAUUCGUUUAAGAGUCUUUCACCCUGUGUACGUAUCAUACAAAAAUCUCUCCAAGAAAAGAAUCAUUCUUAUUUUUAUUUUUAUUAUUAAUAAUUAAGAUUAAAAGUGCUGGUAUGGCAAUUAAUAUGUCUGUAAAAUCUUAUGAAAAACUGUCAAACCGGAAACAUAAUCCUUUACAUGCUGGUAAAUGUUAUAUUUUGCUCAUAUUUCACAGAAAAGUGAUCAGAGGCAGGCGUUGUACUGCCUCUGUCCCUCUUCAAAAUCAAUAAUACUGUUAAAUGAGUUGUUUAACAUAAGUCUAACUCCUUAUCAGCACUGUUCCUAAAACAGCCAAAACAGGCCUCUGGUACCCUCUUUCCUUUUCAGUGUCCUGGUUUAUUUACAACAGUUCAAUGUGUAGACUGAAGAAAACAAAAAGCUUACUCGCUUUGCUUUGUAAAUGACGCCGUUUAAGCAGGAAUCAAUCACUGAGAUUACGAUGAAUGUUAUAGUUUUUCGUGUUGACUUAGUCAUAGAAGCUCCAAAAUAAUAUCGAGGACCCUGAGGGUAGUUAGUCAUUACAAUACAGUACAGGAGGCAGCUAUGACAUACUGUAUACUAUAAAAUAAUUCACUUUUAUAUAUCAAAUGUCGGUUUCUCUGUUGUAUUUCAUACAAAUGGAAAAUUAUCUUGGGAAAUAUCUUGAAGGUGAGACAAGAUAUAAUAAAGAAGCUGUAUAAACACAACUUAAAUUAUUUCUAGUCUAAAUUUAGAAAAUAAUUCCCUGAAUGAAAUAUUCUUCCACACUGAGAAUUCAGUGCAAUUUGCAAAUGCUUUAAAUGUAAAUGAUAAAAAGUCAGAGAAACAAUCCAGAAACACAUAUCAGGAUGCUUCUGUGUAUUGAAAGUUAUUUGUUGUUUUUUUUUAAUGAUGAGGUUAACAUAGGUUAGGAGAGGGCUACACUAAUCUAGUUACAUCACAGAGGUAAAAAGAAGACUAACUAUUCAUUAAUUUUUUUUUACCUACAUAGCUUAUAUACCAGUAUCCUAUCAUACAUCAAUCCCCUGAACGUCACCUAUGUAUCAGGACAAGAAGUCAAAAAAAAAAAAAAAAAAAAAAAAAAAAAAAUCAGAAUCAUUUUCUUCUUGCGAAUGGAUCUCAAUCUAUUUGUGUCCCAUACGUUAAAAAAAAUUACCAGUAUCAUUCAUGUCCUUCCAACCUCUAGCUUAAUAAAUAGACACAUCACAGCAAUAAUAAGUUUCACAUUAAGACUGGAAGACUCUCACGGUACGUACUUGCUUAAUUUGUAAAAUACGUGGAACAAAUAAACAUCACAUUGUAAAGAAAACACAACAACAUUGAAACAGCAAUUCCUGUGCUAGGUUUUCCCCUUAGCUUUGAGCUCCCUGGUAGCUGUGUGAUAGUGUUGUUUGUUGUUGUUGUUGUUGCUGUUGAGCUACAGAUACAACAGACUGCACAUUCCCAUUGAGGUAAGUACAAAAUGGCAGACAAAGUUUUUGCAUGUUGACCUGAGGGAUCCCAAAAGUGAAGAGUAGCUCAUGUGGCAAGAAGCUUUAGGAAGACCUGGCAAAGGUUUCUGAAAGACCUAGAAAUGUCAAGUCCUCUGUAUUUUGUAGGUAAAGUUCUAGGUCGUAAUA